UGGGACCAUUUUUGGACCGUUCUUUCUGACAGUGUAUUAUUCAUGCUGUGUGAUCUGACAUAGCACCUAUAACAUAUCAUUUUCAUCACUGCACUAUACGCAAAAAGUCAUUUGUUUUAAAGAGCAUUUGUACAAGAAAAAUUAACAGGUCAUUUACACGUCUGCAAACCCAAACCACACAAACUACCCACAUUUUUAGCUAAACAAAACUAACUUAGCCUUGAUAUAAACUUCAGUAUAGUCAUUUAUGGUGGUGCUGUGGCAAUACAUUUGUAAUGAAUAAACUGCAAUGGGUUGUGAAUUUGGAAAGGCAAGGUUAAAUCCACGAAUACCACCAUCAUUAUAAGAGGCUAUUCUGAGCUGUACGUCUCUAGGGGAGCCAUGAUGACGCUAUAAGCAAGUGGAAAGAGCUUUUGGGAAACAGAGGCGACCCAGCUGCAAACUGACCCGGCGGCGAUAACAGGCAUUGCAAACAUGUUCACACUGUUGGCUUUGAUGGCACUAUUGGUUGUCCCGGUUGAGUCGGACGUUUCAAGCACAGAUCAGUGGAAAUCUCUGAGCAACCCCCAGAGCAGGAACCUGUUUUUUCAGAUUCUGCAGUCGUAUCUUGAAGGCAGAGACAGAGAAGCUCAAGCAAUGGACAGAAAAGCAAAUGUGAAGGAAAACAAAAACAGCAAUAUGCCAAAUAAUGGUUAUGAAAAAUAUAACCUCUUUAUGCACAAUGACAUUUAUGAUGCUUAGCUGAAUAUUGUCCUUUUAAGUUCUCUGAUGUUUAAUGUCUACUACAAGGUAAAUUACAGUUUAAAAAAAUGUUAUUAUAUUAUUAUUAAAGCACACAAAGUCAUUAUGUCUGUAAUGGUCUUUUACACAGUAAAACCUGUUGCUUAACAA